CAAACCCGCCACUCCCACAGCAAAAACCACUCCAACACCAUCCAAGCAGGACCAAAGGCAGCAACAGCAUCCCGGCCUCAAGCAAUCUUCAAGUGAUCGGACUUGAAGUGAUCAGAACAAGAUGUGCCCAAUCAAGAAGGAGAUGAGCGCCGAGUCGGGCUCCCCGUGCAGCUCAGCCACGCCCUCGACCUCGUCGGAGCACCACCAGACGGUGUGGACGUCGCCGCCGAAGCGGCCGGCGGGGCGGACCAAGUUCCGGGAGACGCGGCACCCCGUGUUCCGCGGCGUCCGGCGCCGGGGCAACGCCGGGCGGUGGGUGUGCGAGGUGCGCGUGCCGGGCCGGCGCGGCUGCAGGCUCUGGCUCGGAACCUUCGACACCGCCGAGGGGGCCGCGCGCGCGCACGACGCCGCCAUGCUCGCCAUCGCGGGCCCGGGCGCGUGCCUCAACUUCGCGGACUCGGCGUGGCUGCUCGCGGUACCCGCCUCCUACGCCAGCCUCGCCGAGGUGCGCCGCGCGGUCGCCGAGACCGUGGAGGAGUUCCAGCGCCGGGAGGCGCUCCCGGAGGAGGAGGACGCCCGCUCGGCCACGUCCUCGACGCCGUCGUCCCCUGCCAGCGACGACGGCAGCGCCACCGACGGCGAGGAGUCCUCUGACUCCUCCCCGGCCACCGGGGCCUCGCCGUUCGAACUGGACGUGUUCAACGACAUGAGCUGGGACUUGUACUACGCGAGCUUGGCGCAGGGAAUGCUCGUGGAGCCGCCGUCCGCGGUCAUGGAGUUCGGCGACGCCAACAUCGUCGAUGUGCCACUCUGGAGCUACUAGAACCGAUGCCGCUGCGCUUAGCUUUUCCUUUUAUUUCACUUCGCUACGGCCCACGGACGCCAUUUCUUUUGCCUGUGAGGUUACUUCUUUUGGCAACGAGACAGAGGAUGUCGGCAAAACAGAGCCCCAAACAGAGCAUGCCCAUUUGAAUUUCUAAGACUAGCAAAAACAUUCAAAUCUAAUGCUUAAGUUACUGGUUGACCCUGAAUUUGUCAACGCCCCACAUACCAUGGUGUGCACUUGGUGAAUCUCAAGGCUUUGUUAACUCAAAUCCAAAAAAAAGAAUAAUGCAUUAUUUGUA